AUGGUUGCACCACUGAGCAUGCAAACACGUGGCCUCCUUGAACGGAGGGGUUCAUCUGCUUCGCUGAAACUCGAUUUGGUCACCGUAAAUACGAGCAUAGAAACGGCGCCGUCACCACUCCGCGAAAGCACAUCGAGUGAGGAUUUCAAUUCGAUUAUGAAGCAUACGCGCAUGACACGACAGCAGUUACGACACAUGAAUAUUCGCAAAUCAACAGUUGAUCUCUUUUCUGAAUUCGCGAUUUUGGAGAACCCAACCGAGUUGUGUCGUGCCAAAAUCAAUGGUUGCGCUCUAAAAAAUCGCCACCAAAUAUGGCCGAUCAAUAAUACGCGUGUACGGAUUUGGAAUAAUAAUGACAGUAAUGAUGAUCACUCAGUCAUGUCAUCCAGCAACAAUUCGGAUUGUUCAACUGAUGACAACAUGAUAUCAAUCAAACCGGAUGAAGAUGAAACACGCAGCUACAUCAAUGCUAAUUAUAUUACGGGUCCUGAUUCAACACGUUUGUUUGUGGCUGCUGAAGGUCCAAUGCCGCAUACGAUGAAUGAUUUUUGGGCAAUGAUCUGGCAAGAAAGAUCAGCCGCUAUUGUUAUGAUCACAAAUCUAGAAGAAAGUGUACCACGCUAUCAAGCAGUUGAGCGUAAAUGUGAGAAAUAUUGGCCAGACAUUGAAGCGCAUUAUGGUUCUCUUCAUGUCACAAUCACAUCUUGUUCAACUCAUGAAGGUAUUGAAAUUCGAGAUAUCUUAUUGACGCACGGUAAUGAGGAACAUUGCCUGCGGCAUUUUUGGUUUAAAAAGUGGCUCGACCAUCAAGUUCCCCUUGGACACACCACUAAAUUACUCAAGUUAAUAGCUGCCGUUGAAAAAUGCCGUAAAGAACAAAGAGUACUGCAUGGUCGAAUUGCUGGCCCUGUUGUGGUACAUUGCAGUGCUGGAGUGGGUCGUACGUGUACGUUUAUUGCAAUUGCACUUGGCGUUGAUCAGUUAUUCAAAUCUUAUGACGGUGGCUGCAUUGAUAUUGCAUCAAUUGUUUCAAAACUUCGCACGCAGAGAUUUGGCGCCGUUCAACGACCCGAACAAUAUAUGUACAUUUAUUCAGCUUUACAACGUAUGGAGCGUUUAUUAUCCGAACAACAACGAAAAUGUGGCAGCAGUAUUGCUUGUUCAGCAACCAAAAAUUCAUUUCCUGAAACGUUGUCAUUUUUAGAUGAUGCAUACGACGAGGAGUCAUCGGAUGAGGAGACUGCCGACAAUGAUGAGCAGAAUGAUAACGAUUCAAACAAAUCAUCUUGUCAUUUUUUGCACUCAGAAUUAUGA